AAUCGUCUAGCAAUCCAGAUUGGGUUUGAUUAAAUUCGCACCGUGCACUCACGCUCUGAAUCGCAAUUCCCCCGAGAGGCGCCUGUCUCGUCUCCCCGCGUACACAUACGUACGUUUCAUUCAAGUAUAAGAGUCCGGAUCUUGGAUCUUGGACACCAUCCGCGCCGCCCAACACAAGAUUAAAAACAAAACAAAGCGGUACUACAUCACCAAGGGACCUGAAGAUCUUUCCGCCCCUCUCUUGUUUUAUUGACUGAAUCUAUACUAGUACUACUGGUAGUAAUUUAUGGACUUGUCCAUCGGCUUGGAAACUGCAAGAUCAGGAAAACAAGUUUCCCGGAGUUCAUAGUGUCCUUGAUUGGAAUCAAAUCUUUUAAGCAAAAGGGACAGGGAUCCUUUGACUCGUGUUGCUUUGAUCGGUGCUUUCGUCGCCGGCCUAGGCCUCCGAUGGCCCCGCCGCCGCCGUCGCCUUCGCUUGACUACUGGCGCGGCUUCUUCAGCGGCGCCCGCGCCAGCAUCUUCGACACCAUAGACGCCGCCAUCCGGCUCGCGGCGGCCGACAACCCCGACGGCCUCCGCGCGCGCCGGGACGCCAUCGCGCACCGCCUCUACACCGUGCUCAACGUCCUCCCGCCGCCAGAGGACGCUGUCUUGGUGGCAGCGGCACCCGCCUUCCCCGACGUGACCCGUCGCCACGACCCCGUCGUUUCAGAGGUCUUCCGCGUCAAGGCCGCUCUCGCCAGCAACCAACAAAUGUCGGAGGAUGAACUGCUCGACCUGCUCCGGAGGCUGCAGCAGUUGAAAUUGACGGUGGACGCCAUCAAGGUUACUGAGAUUGGAAAGGCAGUGAAACACCUACGGAAUUACGGCUCAAAGCAGAUUCGGAUACUCGUACGAUCCCUCAUCGAAGGUUGGCAGGCUAUAGUCAGUGAGUGGGUCAGCGAUGAAGGUGCCAUUGUAGAUCGUACGCCACAAUCAAUGGAGGCUUCUUGCAUUGAGCAAGAAGAAGGUGGGCUUCCUUCCCCUCCCAUGGAUGAAGCUGCCCUUUUCGCUACGCCGUGUGCUUCCAUACAGCUAUCUGAGUUCUUCGAUGAAAUGGAUGAUGACGGAAAUGUUAGAAUCAAUGCCAAGGAGGGUGAACAACAGUAUGCCACAAACCAUGAGUCAGUCAAGAAACAGCCUCCUAUGGCCCUGCAGUAUGAUCCAGUACAGAACUGGAGGCUUGAUCAGUCUGCGGUGAGGCAGUCACGGCUGCGUGAAUCUUGCGGCUGGCAAACAGGGCAGCAAUACAUCACGGAGGCAGAAGAGAAGCCUACAAAUGCAGCAUUUGGGCCAGGGAGACCACAUCGGUUGCACUCUGAGCCGAUAGGUUCCGAAGUGAGGCCUAAGCCGCCGCAAGGCAUCUUACUGAGUCAAACUCAAAGAAGAACAAAACCAACAAUUCCUAAUCGACCGUUGGGUCGGCAUGAUGAGAAUCAAGUCCAGACGAUGCUAGAGCUUGCAAAGAAUGCCAAGGUUGAAGCUACGAAACAAAAGCUUGAAGAGGGUUACCAAGAAUUUAACAAUGGUACAUUUGAGCAAAUAAUACAAAUGGUGGAUCCGCAAGACCUGCUGAAGCAAGGGAGCCGAAGCUUACAACCCAAUGGCAAGGCAAGGAACAACAGCGCUGGCAACAUCAGGAAUCGGCUAAGCAUUUGUCGCUGA